AUGGCACUACAGGUGAGAGAGAUGUAUCUCAUGAUUGCUCUGGAAUGGCCCAAAGAACUAAGAAGCUCUUGGAGCUCACGCCUAUGUUCUCCGCAGGUUGUUUUGCAGAAUCUCCUUAUAUGUGUCAUUCUCUUCUAUGCUGUGUACUACACGGUUCUGGGCAUGUGCUGCAUGAUGCUCAAGGUGUAUGAGUUGGAUGUCCUGGCACCAUUUGAUUUCAAAAUGCACCCCUCGUGGCUCAACACAAAUUAUAAAGUCCUUUUAAUCUCGACACAGGUCACCUACCUGGUGUGUGGAUUGCUUUUUGUUCUGGUUGUAGAAGAAUGGGUCUGGGAUUAUGCUGUUUCAGUAACUAUCCCUCAUGUUGUCAUCACUUCAACUGUUAUGUCGGAAUUCCCCUUGACAUCCCAUUGGUGGGCAGCAUUAGGAUCCGGCUUAGUUUCAAUGAUAGGUGGAGGCCAGGCUUUCGCUUACUGUUUGUUCAAAGACAACUUUAUCUAUCCAGAUCUGGACGAGUUUUAA